AUGUCCUUCAACGUCUUCUCCAUUAACGCAAAAAAACAGAAGCAGCCUAAAACCAAAACAUGUGUUCCUUGUAACACUGUCAUCAAGCUUGGAGAUGGCUCAGGAAACUGGAGAACUCAUGUUAGCUCAUCGAGCCAUCAGGCGAAUGUUGCUGACUAUGAUGCCCGCAUUGUCCGUGCUUCGGCUUCUAAUGCUGAGGAUAUGGACAUUGACAGCACCAAUUCGGGAGAGGAGCAGCAGCAGCAGCAGAAACAACAACAACAGCAGCAGCAGCAUUGUGGUAGCAACAACGACGUCGAAGACGACGAUGACAGUGACGACGAGUCGGUUGACAUUGCUGCUUUGCGUCAGUCGUACGGUGUUUUCCUCUCUCGGCGGCAGGAAUCCGGUGCUAAUGCCGAGUUCGCUGCUGAUGUGGAGAGUGAUGGUGGCAGCGACGAUGAAAUCGACGAAGGUGAUGAUGAUGGUGAUAAUCCGCUCGAUUUCAGCGUCGACUACGAGACCAACGAAGACUGGUAUCCUUUCGAGAACCAGUUGCAAUUUCGUCUUGCUGCCUUCUUCCACGCAGACGAUCGCCUGAAAGACAGGAUGAUUAAAAAGCAGCUGAAAAGUCUUCUCGAAGAUGUAGCCGUGAUGUUUCGUGAGGAUAAGGACCUCAAGGUGCCAUCUGUUCGUUGGAUGAUGGAUCCAUCGUAUACUAAGCGAAGCAAAGUGCCAAAAAUAAGAAUAACAACAGUCAAAGCAGAGAUCAGCAAGCCUAAUACAGACGAAACCGUCAAAGUUACGGCACAUAUGCAUAAGUUUUCAAAUUGCUUGAAGCUCCUCAACGCUGAUCCAACUGUCUCUUCGAGUUUGAGUGCUCUACCCGACAAACGCCUGACCAGCGAAUCGGAUUGA